UGAAAACAAAAAUCGAUAGUACUACUUCGAAUUAAACACACAAUUAUUAAUUAUAAUACAAACAUUUUAAAUGGCGAAUGAAGUUGGAAAAUUAAUCGCUGUGUUUUUAUGAACUGACUUGCAAAAAUAAUAAAAAAAUGAAUAAUCUAAAUAGAAAUAUAAUAAUAUAUAUAAAAGAAUUGUCUUUUGUGUUCAUACAUUCGUGCGUACAAUCCACCAUACAUCCUGCUCGCAGUGAAGUCAGCAAGCGACUGACCUGACAUCGCGUCUAUGGUGUAAAAAUGAUUGCAAGUACGUGUCCCAGCGGGAUAAUGGUUCAGCGCUUACAUUUUUCUUUGAAGAAUACUUCGAAGAAAAUUCGAUGUAGAAUUCUUCGAUACCUGGUAAUGCAUAAAAGUAAGCUAUACGGCUAAAUUCUACUGUGUUCAUAUUUACAAAUCAAGUAAGUACAUGAAAAACGACAAAUACAAAUUGAUGGAAUAAAAUUUAUAAGUAAAUUUUUUCAUUAUUUCGUCAAAUCAUCAAGCAAAAAGUUGGUCGUGAUCAGGUGAGCUACUAUUUUGAUUAAAAAUUUUGUUUAUUUUUUUGUGUUUAAACUUAGAAUAAAAAAGAAAAAGAAUGUUCUCAAAAAGACAUAUGAGAAGACUUAUUAAAAAUGAAGAAAGUGAAUUUUACGGAAUGGCUGAAAAUGAUUCUGAAGAGGAUGCGGUGAAUUGUAGUGAAUUUUACGAAAUGACUGAAGAUGAUUCUGAAGAGGAUGCGGUGAAUUGUAGCUUUGACAAUAUUGAUGCUGAAGUCGAAUUUUUUGAAAAAGAAGAAAGUUCACAAAAAACGAACUGUGACAAAUUAAUUGAAAAAUUGAAAAUGUGGACUGCGCGUCAUAAAGUCACAAGGAACUGCUUCGAUGAUUUGUUAAAAAUAUUGCAGUCGGAGAAUAUUUCUGUACCAACAUCUUCGAAAGGAAUUUUACGGCAAGCGACCUGCAGAUUGAGAACUGUUGCGCCAGGAAAUUAUUUGCACAUAGGCCUAGAAAAGCAACUAAGGAGUAUCGCGAUAACGUUGAGUGACGUUGAUAAAUUUGAAAUCGAUAUCGGUAUUGACGGCUUACCUUUGUACAAAAGCUCAAAUGUAAGCUUGUGGCCUAUAUUGGCAAAAUUGCAUCCAAAAAGAAAUACGAAGGUGAUGUUGAUUGGUGUUUUUGAAGGCAAACAGAAACCGGCAGACGUGAAUAACUAUUUACACGAUUUUGCUUAUGAACUAAAAACUUUAACGCAAUACGGAAUGGAAGUCAAUGGCAGAAGAAUCAAAGUGAAAGUGCGAUGCUUUAUUUGCGAUGCCCCAGCAAGAGCAUUUAUCUGCCAAACAGUAGGUCACAACUCAUUUCAAGGAUGCAGCAAGUGCACACAAGUGGGUAAAAAAAUAAACCAUACAAUAACUUACAGUACAUUGACGGAAAAUCUUCGAACUGACGAUGACUUUGCUGCAAGAAAUAGCGUGGGCCAUCAUAAAAAAAUGGAAAAAUCGUGUCUCGAAGAAAUAGGUGUGGGAAUGGUCUCCGCUUUUCCUGUUGAACCAAUGCACCUUUUAGAUCUUGGAGUUGUAAGAAAAAUGCUAAAAUGUCUAAUUAAUGGUCCGAAUGUAGGAUAUCAGUUGACAAAGCAGCAGAAAAAUAUGCUGUCGAAAACUUUGAUUUCGUACAUACCUUACAUACCCAAUGAAUUUGCUCGAAAACCACGUAGCUUAGAUGAAAUUGCAAGAUGGAAAGCAAUAGAGUUCCGACAGUUUGUACUUUACACGGGAAUGGUUGCUUUGAAAGACAUUGUAUCUGACAGUAUUUAUUAUCAUUUUUCUUUGUUGCACUGUGCAUAUGCAUUGCUUUCGUCACAAAAAACCUAUGAAAACAAUUUAGAAGAAAUAAAGCUUAAUUACUUCGUGCACCUUUUCCCAACCUUUUAUGGAGAAGAAAAAGUAAGUUACAAUGUACAUUCAGUGCUGCAUUUGGUGGACUCCGUUAAAUCGUGCGGUUUUCUGAAUUCAUUCUCAGCAUAUGCAUUCGAAAAUUUUUUGCAAACCCUAAAGCGGUUCGUUAAAAGACCCCGAGAAACAUUACAACAAAUAAAUAACAGAUACCAAUACGAAAACGUGUUUACAAAAGACAGAUAUGUGGGUCCAAAAGUCAAUAGAUGUGGGAAGGUUAUUCGAUUUUAUGGAAAUGACUUUAAUAUCAGCGAUAAAUUACCGGAUAAUUUUUGCUACGUUAAACCGGGAGUGGCAAUACAAAUUAUAAGAUUAUCGAAGAAAGAUGAUGAUCUUUAUAUGCAUGGAAAAGUUUUGAAAAACUGCUGCAAUCUAUUUACGGAACCAUUGAAAUCGAUGAUAGAUUUGGGCGUUUACAUAGCUGACAUUGACACCGAAGAAGCGGAGCAAAUCUAUGAUGUCCAACUUAUUUUAUACAAAUUAAUGUGUCUGCCUUACAAUAAUCAAUUUUUAUUUCUACCGAUUAUUCACAGCAAGGACCUAUAAGAUGAGUUACCACGGGCUGAAGUCUUUUAGCGUGAAAUCGGUUGCGGAAAAUUACAAAAACGAAAAUUCUUGUCCAUGCAAAAUCGUCAGUCUGGAAAAAAAAUUGUUGAAAUGCAACAACAUAUAGAGAAAUUGACGAAACAAGUUGACACCACAAAUGAGCUGUUGAGAAAAUUAACCACCGUGCAGUCAGCAAAUAAUGCCCUCAUAAAUGCAAUGAGUUACAGGCGCAAAUCUACUAAUAAAUUUCCAUUAAAAACUGAUGAAGCAUUAAAAGAACUUGACAAAGAAUUGGAAGGUAACAAGGAAAAAUAUAUGCCUAUAAUACAAGACCUGCUAGGUCACAAUGCAAUUGAAAAAUCACUGCAUAAAAUUAUAGCAGUUGAAUUGUAGCUGGAAUACAAUUACUUUGGUGUGAAGGGUAAAAAAUCUUUGAAGGAAUUUACGCACUUUAAUGCGUUACUAUUUGGUAAGUUUUUCGUAUUUUUAACAUUGAAGGACAUAGCUUCAAAUUUAUAAACAUACUCUUUCAACUUUUUUUGUAGAAUGUGUGAAAGUUGAAGGUUUCACCGAGUCGGAGUAUAUACACCAAAUUCAAAAAAGUAUCAAACUCGCCAAAGGCCGUUUCUUCAAGUCUCGUUGCUUGGAUAAAAAACGAAAAGAGGCUCAGCCACAAAAUUAAAAGCAGCAUACCAAUUCGAACAAAAAGGAACGAGAAAGGAUCUCGCGCACCUUUUUUCAUUACGACGUCGUUCGACCAACAUCUCCGCUUUCGCAGCAUCCCGGUUCUUUCCGCUAGUUACCCGCCUGUAUAUAUAUUUAACGUUUUUUAAAACCUGCUGUUUUCAACCUUUGAUCAUUUUAUAUAUACUAUAUAUAUGUGUAUUUAACGUUUUUAAACUAUUUCAAUUUGUAAUAAUUCAGUUCAGUUAAACACAUUUUGUUAUAACAAUUUUUAAGUGCAUUUCGCAAAAAAUAAAACCUUUAUAACGAUUGUAUCGAAUUUAACUGUGGCAUGGUGUAAUUCUUUGUUAACUAUGGCAUCAAAGAAUUCUUCGUUAACUAUGGCAUCGAAGAAUUCUUUGUUAACUAUGGCAUCGAAGAAUUCAUCGUUAACUGUGGCAUCGAAGAAUUCAUCGUUAACUGUGGCAUCGAAGAAUUCAUCGUUAACUGUGGCAUCGAAGAACUCUUCGUUUACUUUGGCAUCGAAGAAUUCUUCGUCCCUAUGGUAAGCGAAAGGGGUGAUCUGUUACUUUUCGUAGGACAUCGCCGUGUUAAUUUUCAUCGGUCGGAGUAAGCGAAACAAUCAUGCUACAUCGUUUACCUUGCUCGCUUACCAAUGUCUACCAUAUCCCGCUGGGGUGUUUCACACGUACACU